AUGAAUACAAGUGAAUUGGUUGAGUAUCAAUAAAAAGUGGAGGCUUACAUAAAGGAGCAUAAAAUGACUGACUUAUUUGAAAAUCUGACGAGAUUAUUAGUGCUUUCGAGACCUCAGGAUCCUAUGACAUUUUUGGUUGAUGUGCUUGAAAAUAGAAGAGUGCAACGGCUUAUCCUAGUAGCAGGUGUAGUUGCUACAACAAGAUAGGAAAUAGUAGUAUCACUUGCUAAUUUGUUCAAUUACAAAGUUAUUACCAUAGAAGAUCACUUUAAAUCUCAUUGGGUGGAUGAUGAUUAAGUAAAUGAAUUCAUUCAUUCAGAAUUGAAAAAAACUGAAAAACAUUUCAGGGGUGUCAUAAUAUCUGGGUAUCCCAAUAACAUCAAACAAGCAUAUUAUUUACAAUCCUUAGGGAUAAUACAAGAGAGGUAAAAUAUGAAUUCAUAUUAGAUUCUUUUAUUUGGAGAGUGAUUUGGAUUUUUGCAGACAAUAUUACGAAUAAAUAUCUUAAUCUCAAGAGGAAGUCACUAAGGCAUUGACUAGAGAUAGACUGAAUAAGAAAGAUUUGGAGUACAUCUACGGAUCUUAUAUGGACAUUUUCAAUACAUCCAAAAGAACUAAAGAAGAUAUUAUUGAAAAUAUCAAAUAGAUUAUUCGAUUGAGGGAUAGGAAGUUUCCUCCUCUUCGUUUUCCAAGAGUAGCAAUUAUACGUCCUCCUGGUUUAAAAGAAAGAGCAACUUAAUUGACAUAAAUAUUUAGUAAGAGAUAUGGCCUGGUUUAACUAAUAACUUUUGAUAUGAUUCAAUAAUAAAUUCAAAAUAAAGGAGCCUUGGGUCCUCUAAUUUAUAAUACUCUUUAAAAAGAGGAAGAAAUACCUAAUGACAUAAUGAAUAGUAUAGUUUAUACAGAAGUACUAUCAACUGAGGCCAGAACUAAGGGAUGGGUUUUGGAAGGAUUUCCAAAGAAUGAAGCUUAAUUAAAGUUUUUGGAAGCUCAACAUGUAAACUUGUUUGUAGUGUUGAAUGAAGAUGAAGAUGUCUUAAUUAACAAGUCUAAGUAACUGAAGAUUGAUCCUGUUACUAAAAUCAAAUAUGAGAAAGUGCCAUUAAAUAAUAAACCAUUAUUAGACAGAUUACAGAAUUUUUAGGUAAUUGAAUAAACUAAUUUAGAUUCACAAUGAAUAAUUACUAAAAUAAAGGAUAACUAGAUAUUAAGCAUUUGUGAAAUUGAUUGAACAGAAAUUUAGUGAACGAGUCUAAGUGUUUAAAUUGGAAAAGGAUUCAACUGAGAAUAUCAUUAGAGUGACAGAUGUUUUUUUGAAUAACCCUAAAAUUUAUAAUUGAUAGAUUAAAGUUAUUUGUGC